GUAGUAGACUAGAUUAGGUCAAGUUGAAAUUGCACCGCCACUAACUCACUCCGCAGCUCGCAGGCGCCACAGAAGCGCGAGCCAGGGCCAAGAAAUCCAUCGCAUGUCAAGUUGCACUCGGCGAGCACAUCAGGAGAGCCGGCACAAGCACAGCUCGACAAACCCGAAGACCGUCCUCUACAAAGCCAAUUGUCCCUCCGGAAAGCCCUGUAAGAGCGUCACAACCACAAAUCCUUGUAGCCUAGCAUACAGCUGAGCUGACCAGCGUCGGUUUGCAGCAAACCGCGCCCACCAUGAUUACCAGGUUCAUCACCGAGGUGAACACAAAGUUCAACCCCUUCUCCGCCGCCUCGAGAUCGACCCGGCUGUUCCUCGCAAACCUGCCCGCAAAUGCUCGAGCAAAUGGUGGGAUGAAGCUGUCCACAAGUCUCCUACCGCGCACAUCAACCGCGCCGCCUUCGCUCAUGAUCAAGUUCAAGGAUGGCAAGGAGAUGCAGCUGGACGGCGAGAAGCUGGGCAUCAAGGGUAUCAUCGAGGAGGUCGACAGGCAUUCGAGAGCCUUACAAAAACAGGCAGAUCUUACCGACGGCUAAGCGAGCCAUUUUGAUUGAGCGACAACGAAAAAUCACCAUUCGAUUCGGCAGGCGUUGGGGGGGGCGGACUCGUACAUAUCAAGGGACAAAUCUGUGUACACAGCUGUAUCAUUAUUGUAGAAAGAACAUACA